UUUUGAAGAGCGCUCGCGCAGGAAGCGGAAGUACAGCGCGCGCGCGUGUCUCUUUCAUUCAUUGCGGGAGUUUGCCGUAGUUGAGUGGGAUAUUAAUAAAUCGCAAAGUGUUGAGAGUUGAUCAUGAUCAAGGAGAACUGCUGGAAUAUUCCGGUGAACGCUCCGGCGUGUAUGGAAAGACACCUGGACGCGCUCGAUUACAGAGCAGACGGCGCUCUGCUGCUGGGGGCGUCCAGUCUGUCAGGUCGCUGCUGGCAGGGCUCGGUGUGGGUGUACAGUGACCCUAAGCUGGCUCCCAGCGAGGGUUUCUGUAAGGCGGGUGUUCAGACUGAAGCGGGGGUCUCAGAUGUUCUCUGGAUCUCAGAGCGGUCUCUGCUGCUGGCGUCAGACGCAGGCUCUGUGGAGCUGUGGGAGCUGGCGGAGGACGAGCGUCUGCUGCUGAACCGGUUCUCUCGUCUGGAGCAUGAUGACGUGGUGUCGGGGGUCAGUGUGAGCGCCGGCGGGCAGCACGCGGUCAGCUGUAGUGUGGACUGCAGGAUCAAGGUGUGGGAUCUGAACCAGGAGACCGUCACCAGCUCCUACAGCGCUCAUUCUCAGCCGGUCAGUGGUGUGUCGUGUUCUCCUGUGGACGAGUCCCUCUUCCUGUCGUGUGCUCAGGAUGGACGGCUUUUGCUGUGGGAUACACGGAAACCCAAACCUGCCUCUCGUCUGGAAGUGGUGUCUCCGAGCUGCAGCCCCACCGCCGUCGCCUGGCAUCCUCACCAGAGCAGCUCCAUCGCAUACGGUGAUGAACUGGGUCGAGUGACUCUCAGGGAUCUGCAGACUUCUAACGGCGUGCGGACGAUAAACGCUCACAGCCGCCGCGUCUCCAGACUGACGUUCUCCUCCGACAGUUCACCCCUGUUGGCCUCUAUCAGUGACGACUGCUCCGUUGCCGUGGUUACUGCAGAGCUCAGAGAAAUUUUCCGGGACCGGCGGCACCAGGACUUCGUGCGCGGGGUGUGCUGGGUCCCGGGCGGCUCGAGCGUGUUGACCACCGUGGGCUGGGACCAUCAGGUGCUGCACCACAGCGUGUCUGUGCCCUAGAGCAUCAUGGGAAAACACAUCAACCUCUAAUUCAUUCCCAUUUCUCUUGUUCCAUCACCAUCAAAUAAUGUCUCAUGAGUCACAUACAUAAUCAUAUUAGGAACAUAAAUUCAUAAAUGUGUUUUUUAAUCACAGAAAUGGGCAUAAAUGCUGUUCACCUCACAUUUGAGCAAACAACAUAUUUCACAAACUUCACUGUUUAAUAAAGUUUCUGUUAUCUGUA